GUACGAGAAGACCGCAUCGCAAGUCUCGAUUGGGCUGCCAACAAUGCAAGUCAAAGAAGGUCAAGUGUAUGAAGUCAAGCCUUCUUGUGGUCGUUGUAAGAAGAAUCCAUUGGCUUGUUCAUACCUCGACGUACCUGGUACAUCUUCGGACCUAGAUACUGGCGCAACCUCGUCAACAUCUUCUCAAGUCUCCGACUUCAGGAUCGGAAGAUUUUCACGCGAGACCUCAAAAUCACCGCGAGUAUCGAUUCCCGAACUUCAUCAGGAAAUUAGCACGCCACUAUUUGGAGUGAAGGAACUGGAACUGCUCCACUUUUACACUGGAACAACAUGCUUCACAGUCUCGACUAUUCCUGAACGUCAUUUGCUUUGGCAACAAGUCGUCCCUCGAAUUGCAUUUACCCACCAUUUUCUCCUCCAUGGCAUCAUGGCUUUUUCUGCAAUGCACCUUGCACGCUUACAACCAGAUCGUGUAGCCUCGCUCCAUGCCGAGGCUUCGAUGCAUCAUGAUAUUGGUUUGAGGAUGUUCCAAUCUACCAUGUUGGAUUUAUCACCACAGAACUGCGAUGCGUGUUUUGCUUACUCGUCGAUCAUUGUCGUUUAUACUUGGGCAUCCUCCGACCAAACAGCUGAUCUUUUUUUCUCGGACAAGGCAAUCACUGGGGAAAGACUAACAGUCGGAUGGUCAAGUCUUCUUCGUGGGGUGCAAACUUUGUUGAAUACUGCCGGGGAGUGGAUUGCGAGAGGAUCUCUUGGCGUAAUGUUGUACUCUUUCGCUAUGGACCGCGAGCUUGCAAAGCAGAUCAGCCCCGAUGUGACUUCAAAAUUGAGCUCACUCAGCUCUCUUUGGACUGCAUCGUCUGCCAGAUUUAGUGAGGUAGAAGUCGCAGCGUUCAACGAGACCUUGGGCUUACUGCAUGAAGGUUACGGGCUUGUGAUAUCGUCAAGUAGUGAAUGGCUGGUUGAUCUCAUAUCAAUAGCAUUAGGAUGGCCGAUCAGAGUACCAGAAGCGUUUCUUGCCAUGGUGACCGCACUGGUGCCAGAGGCACUGGUGGUACUUGCACAUUAUUCUCUACUACUGAAUCCAGUGGAUCACAUCUGGUACAUGCACGGGAUGAGGAGGCAUUUGCUUCAAACCAUUCAUUGUAGGGUUGGAGCGAGAUGGGAGCAUUGGAUACUCUGGUUGUUAUAG